UUCACAAGAUUCUACAAUAAAAGAUGUACCAGUUGGACUUGCUAGAUUAUACGGACGACGUCGGCCGCGUUGUCUUCAGUCGGAGUGUGGGGGCGCCGUCACGGCCAUUUGCGCUAACCUCUAUUUGCCGUGCCUUUUAUGCCAUUGCAGCGAAAAGCAACAGCAAUCAUGUUAUGAGGAGUAGGCCACGUUGAUUGAAGCUGUUGUUGUAAAAAUAUCAAAAGUGGUUCCAGUUGUUCGGGUAUCUAUGGCAUAGGCUUCUUGUUCAAGAUACUCAUUCUUCCUUACAAAAGGUCGCAUUGUGGUCUGUCCUACCAUGAUUGUGAGCCACUUCUAUUUCUAAUAUCACCCCUGAGCAGGACGCCGCCACCGGUUCAAAACAGCUGCCGUCGUCUGGACAAUCUCGACCAGAAGAGCUUGAGACAGAUGACGGCAUUCUUCUCUUCGACGAGUACAAAGACCUCAACUCCUCCUUCCUGCUUGUCUUGUCCCUUCCGCGCUCGCUUCUGUUGCAAAAGCAAAUGGGUUGCACACGCCAUGGAGCAAGGCAGGUUCGACAUGCGUUGCGAUGUGCGAUUACGUUGCUAGCGGGUGCGGGUGCGGGUGGAGAAGGAGCACGACUCGGAGACGCGCGUGCCAGACUGGACGUGUUUCUACCAACACUGACAGACCGGAUUCUCAACACUGGACACUUUGUAGAUGCGGGUUGGCUACUAGGUUGGCCUUUGCAAGGACGCGGCAGCGAGCAGACUCUUGUUGAGGAUGCCGACGAUGAAAAGAAAAAGACUGCUAUAAAAGUUGCCGGCAGAGGACGCAACCCUGAAUAUCCCGUCAUGGUGAGCCCUUUACCAGUAAGUGAUGCACAAGAAUCGUUAGGUACGUCGCUGUUGGGCAAAGUGAUCGCUUUACUACAAGAAAAGAGUGGGACGGAAUCGGAAAGCUUUUGCAUCUCGCAUGCGGGGCAGCCGAUUUGGAUGAGUGAUGCUUUUCGCGACGUCCUUACAACUGGAGGACAAGAUCAAGAAGAAGAUCAAGAAGAAGACCAAAACAUCAAUCUUCCCUUAAUCCUGGCCUUAGCUGAACGUGCUCGAGAAAAAGGGGGCGUCUCUCCCCAAGCACACCAAGACGUGGAAAUUCGUUUGGGAAAGAACAAAGGGUGCUUUCGUUUGGUAAAUAUACGGGUCUAUGAUCCUACUGCUGGUAGUACUCGUACUUACCCAAAUAGGAAUGGCGAUGAGCAGCAAACUACCGAUCACGGAGCGCAAAACCUCUAUGCCGACGAUCACAUGAAGCUUCUCGACUGGAGGCACAAGUACAACACUUUAGCUUCGUACAGGCAAUACGUGGCUGCAGAGGAGGAAAGAGUUGCAGAGGAGAAAGAGAACUUUACUCUCGCAAAAAGGAUGGAUGUUGAACAGGACGUCGAUGGUCAUGAUGGUCGUCAAGGUAUGGAGAAUCCUGACUCUUCUAGGGGAUUACUUAAGGCUACCCCUAAUCCAUCUCUAUAGGAAUCCCUCAACAAUAUGCACCCCUAUACAAGGGGAAUGCUGUGGCAUAUUGUUGAGGGAUUGCCACAGGGAUGAAUUAGCGAGAGCUCUAAAUUACCAAGUCAAGACAGGAUGCAGUCGGACAGGAGUUUUGUCAUUUCUAUAUUGCUAGAUGCUGCAGAAGUCAAGGCACUAGAAAAAAAGGCUACUACUCCGAAAUGCGUACCGCUAGUUCAUGCCGUCCGAGUGGAAUUAGGAAAACUGCUAGCUGGAGCUUGUAAUAAACCUCCAGAAACCAUUAGUAGUUUUUCCUCUGGGCCGUUUAUACAAAAACUCUUACGAAAAUGCGGCGUCACUGCGUGUGCAAUUUUCCUUAUUCGAGAACAAGGACAAGGCGAGAAAAACAACAACAUAGUCUGUAGAUCUCGAUUUUGGGAUUCUCCUGCCUAUGACAAUGAUUCCGAGCAGAGAGCCAGCUCCAGACAGGAUAUGCUUUUUUGGUCUCGUCAAUGGGGAACGUGCUAUCAAGAGAUACGAUUCCACGCAGAAGGCGAGAUAGCACAGAUUACAUUAAGGCUUCUCCUAUUCCAUCGCCGGAAGCAUCUUGGAGACGUUUUUAAGGGGAAAAUGGAUUCAGGAUGCGUCUCAGGAUGGAGAAGGGUGAGCUCCAAUUACAACGAAGAAAGAAGAAGAACCCCUUACUACACUUAAUACUGCAUCUUGUUCAAACAAGAAGCAAAGCAUGAAAGCGAAUCGUAGGUUGAGACUUUCGGCUUCAGCCAGUCACGCGAAUGAGGACGAUAUCGGUGGAACGAGCAAAGACACAGCCAGUGUUGGAGGUAUGGUUGGUGUCAGAGUCUUGACAUGAUCUUUAUAUUAGCCACUAAUCGAAGCAAUGUUUUUAUGAACCUGCGGUUUUUUACCAAGAAUAGGUACCAUAUGAUCUUCGUACCCUAAAUCGGUCGUGUUGAUUGCUCCUCAUAAAAAUGACGAUCUGCUUCAAGAAUUAAUUACUUAGAGGGUAGUUAGUAGUCUUCCUUCACAAUUGUGCUCCUCUCCUCCUCAUCUAAAACUCAUCCUCCCGAUCCUUUCUGGGUUGACGACACACCCUGCAUCGUUGGGUCUUUUCGCGAAAUGGAUGGGGAGCGGUGCCGCAUUGUCCAGAUGGAAAGCCUAGAAAACAAGACUCUCCGUGAAGCUAGAGUACUCAAAACAGAAACAUCUAAACUUACGGCUCAAUACAGUUCAUUACUACUUCUAACACUUCGUUUCUUGCUGAUUCCCUAUAGGGAUUCUGAAGAAGUGCGCGCAAGAAAUGAGAAUUGUUUUGAGCUCCAAUAAGGAAACAGAAACAUCUUCUAAGGGUACCAGGGGCACAACAAGAUUGCACACAGUUUUCGUCUUCUACUGGGAUAAGGUGCAGCAAUUAUGGGAAGCAUUAGGCGAGGAGGAGAAGAGGCGCUACCUUCAUGGCGGUGAGGGGACAGGAAAAGCAACAGCCACUGUUGUGGACCGCAUAACAGCGGAGAGACUGCGUGAAGAUUUUAUCCGUCCGUGCCUGAGCAAAAUUGAUGAUCUGUUUCCCAGUGAUAUCUAGCGAAGAUAUUGUUUUGUCAGAAUGAGACAGAUAAAGACUAAGACUUUGUGGAUGUUGUGGACCGAAUGAUGUCGAG